AUGCGUUGCAUGCAGGAGCGUCAAGCCUCGUCCGGAUUGCCUACACUAGCUCAGUCUAAAACCGCGACACAAAACGUACACCAAAAGGCUGCAGAAAAGAAAUCCAGUCGUAAGCGCGCUGCAGCUUCAGAAAAGGAACUCGCCUCUCAUUCUUCCACUGGAGCGCCAUCUUCCAAGCGUGUACGAUUUGAACUUUAUGCCUUACAUAAUAUUUUGGCAAAUGCAGUAGUGACUGCUGCUUCGCAUUUAAUUGUUCUAUCUUCUGAAGACGCCCCUCAGCCAUCUGAGGCAAAUAAUAAUAGUGGAGAGGAAGAUAAUGGUCUUUCUCCACUUCCAACUGGGCUAUGCUCUAGGGAAUUUGACAGCAGUAGUUAA